UGUCUAUAAAUAAACUCCUUUGUCAAAGAACUGAAUACUCCUUACAUUCUCUUCUUCUUCUUUUCCAAACUCACAGAACACCUUAUUGGUGAUCAUAUCUUCAACUUGUUUUAGUCAAAAAGUCAAAAAUGGAUUUAAGAGAAAUUGGAGCUACACUUCCCCCUGGUUUUAGAUUCUGUCCCAGUGAUGAAGAAUUAGUAUUUCAUUAUCUCUACAAGAAAAUUUAUAAUGAAGAGGAUGUUAUUAAAGGUAGUUUAGUGGAAAUUGAUCUUCACAUUUGUGAGCCAUGGCAACUUCCUGAGGUGGCAAAGCUCAACUCUAGUGAAUGGUACUUCUUCAGUUUCCGAGAUCGAAAGUACGCUACUGGUUUUCGGGCUAACCGGGCCACAACUUCGGGUUAUUGGAAAGCAACGGGCAAGGAUCGAACAGUGCUCGAUCCUCAAACACGUAAUAUCGUAGGGAUGAGAAAAACUUUAGUCUUUUACAAGAAUAGAGCUCCUAAUGGCAUUAAAACUGGUUGGAUCAUGCAUGAGUUUCGACUGGAAAAUCCCCAUAUACCUCUUAAGGAAGAUUGGGUAUUAUGUCGAGUGUUUCACAAAUCAAAAGAUGAGAACAACAAUUGUACAAACAAACUUAGCCCACAAAACACGUACGACGCUUUUAUCACUUCUUCAAAUUUGUCCCAAUGUCCUGAUCUCCAUAUGAACAGUCAUUCAUUGCAUAAUUAUGACAUUAAUUACCAAAAUCCACCUGAUCAAAUUAGCCAAAACUCAAACACAGUGCAUCAUCAUUUGUUUGAUUUAUUAGUAAAGGACCAUCGUGAAACGACCCGCUUGUCCCAGUGCAGCCAGGAGGAUGAUCAAUACGGAUUGUUGCUCGAUAUGGAUUUUGAAGUACCAUGUUUUCAAGAUGAAGGAGUUCAUUCUAGCCUUGAAGACAUGAGAUUUGAUGAUGAAAAUAACACGGUUUUCAUUUGAAUCGUUGAUAUUAUUGGUAGUUGGAUUAAUUAUUAAUUAGUAGUGAAGGGAACAUGUAUAUAUAUGUUGAAUUCGUGAAGAUGCAUUCUAUUGUUUGUUAAGGAAUUCGUUAACCAAUAAUUAUUCAUGUUUUCAGUU